GCUAAAAUAGCAAAAGCGAAAUUAGUUCGUUUCGUCAGAGGUUUCGUUCGCUCACUCGUUCGCCGCGUUGCUUUGUAACCAUUGUCGUUGUCGUUGUCGUUGUCGUUCUUUGAUAGAAGUAGCAAAGGAAGAAGAAGAGUUGUGUGGAAGAAGAAAAAGGCAGGAGCAAGCAAGCAAAGGAGAAUCUUCUUUCUUUUGUGUGUGUUGUGUGUGAAUUUCAAUACAAAAAAUUUUCACUGGCUCAAGCUAAAAAAGAAUUGCGGUUCAGUGAUAUAAAAAUUGUUAAAAAAAUGCGGAAAAAACCAACGCAAAUGCGGUUGUUAAAUGUGAGCGGGCCGCGUGUGUGAUUCCCAUCAUUUUAUUGGUGAAAAGAAAAAUAUUUUUUGUGGCCAUUUGCAAGUGUGGUGUCCGUCGUCCCGCAAAACGCCGCCCGCGCCUAGUGUCUGUGUGUAUGCACGCGUGUGUUUGUGCCGUAGCCGUUGGAGCGUCGUCGUCGUCAUAGUCGCCGCCUUUAAAAAUUUGAACGGGCGGACGGACUAUUUGUAGUUUUGGUCUUCUCUUGGAGAUCUUGUCUGUUUGUGUUUAAUAACUUUAUAGAAUUGACAGCGUCGGCAAUCCACAAGCAAGAAAAAUUUAUAAAAUCAUCGAAAGAACGACUGUGGCCGCUGAACUUUUGAGCGCCAAGCGCCAAUUGGGCAUGCUAAAGCAGCACAAGGUUUAAACGAUACGAAGUCGAUGCACCGCUGAAUGAACGACGCCAAUGACGCGGGCCAAUACCCAGCCUGCAGAGACCGCGACAACGAACCAAGUGGCCUCUGGCCGGGAAAACAAAAGCCAGUUCCAAGUGAAAAUUACCCAUGGUUCUUGAGUAUACCAACAAAUCAUUCAGUUCAUGUUGGUGUUGGAAUCUCAACAAGUUGUAGGAAAUUACAACAAUAAGCAUAAAUGUAAUACAGUUGACUACAUUUGACAUAAAGUACUACAAUAAAGCUGUAAAAAAAGUUAAAAAAUAAUUUAAAAAUAAAAACUGGAGUGUUCAAAUGCUCGUAAAAAAGUAGCAAAGGAAACAGGAUUAGUUGUAUGUGUCUCCACCAGUGUAAAAAUUAAGUCUAAAAUCCUUAAUGUUUAAAUGCUUACUCUGAAGUUUGCAUAAAAUAAAAAGAAAGAGAAUACAAAAACAAAACAAAAUCAACAGAAAAUCUGUGAAAAUGUCACCGUUAUUUUUGAAUGUUAAAAUGCGACAAAGUACUUUACGGCAUAGCAAGCAAACUGCAUUUCCACACCACUGUGCAGUGGUAUGCAAGUGAAACAACGAAGAAGUGGAAAAUUAAGAGCGAAUACGCCAAAAACCGCAAGAAAAUAAAAAAAGCGAAUUCCAAAUUGUAAAGAUUCAAUACAAUAGAUUUAAUAAAAUAAAAUAAAAAAAUAAAUAAUAAAAAGUGUUAGCUUACAACCACCAACAGUGUGUUAGAGCCUAUUAAAGUGCAAACAAAAAGAUUAAAAUUUUGCCCGCAGCAAAGUCAACGUGUCAGUGUUUUUGUUGUUGUCAAACUGAUCAUACCCCCACACUCUACCCUCUCCCUGUGUGCACAUUCGUGUAUGUGUGCCAGUAAAUUUAUUGAAUUUCUUUUGUAAGCAGCUGUUGUAAAGAAAAUUACAUAUAUGUAUAGAAUAGAGGAUACCAGCGGUGCCGCAAUGGAUAAAACUAAGCAGAAAUUAUCCGCAGUUUAUGUAUCCAGUGCGGCAGUUGGAGUCGAGUCGGGACGUCAACGUCAUGCGCCGCUCUACGGACGAUUUGUGGUCGAAGAAGAGCUUCCUGCAACACAUCGAGAUGUCAUGCAUCACCGAUCUAGUCCGACGUCAUCGUCUGAGGUGCGUGCCAUGCAGGCACGAAUUCCAACACAUUUUCGUGAUCCAGCCACGGCGCCGUUGCGAAAAUUAAGUGUGGAUUUAAUUAAGACCUACAAGCAUAUAAAUGAGGUUUACUAUGCGAAAAAGAAGCGACGCGCCCAACAGACUCAAGGCGAGGAUGAUUCGUCGAAUAAAAAGGAGCGCAAGUUAUAUAACGACGGUUACGAUGACGAUAAUCACGAUUAUAUAAUUAAGAAUGGCGAAAAGUUCUUGGAUCGUUAUGAAAUUGAUUCCCUUAUUGGUAAAGGCAGUUUUGGACAAGUGGUCAAGGCGUACGAUCAUGAAGAACAAUGUCAUGUAGCGAUAAAGAUAAUUAAAAAUAAGAAACCGUUCCUAAAUCAGGCACAAAUCGAAGUGAAAUUGCUGGAAAUGAUGAAUCGUGCAGAUGCCGAGAACAAAUAUUAUAUUGUUAAAUUAAAACGGCAUUUCAUGUGGCGCAAUCAUUUAUGCUUAGUUUUCGAGUUGCUCUCCUACAACUUGUACGAUCUACUGCGGAAUACGAAUUUUCGUGGUGUUUCAUUGAAUCUAACGCGUAAAUUUGCCCAACAGCUUUGCACUGCACUACUCUUUUUGAGUACACCAGAACUGAAUAUAAUCCACUGUGAUCUAAAGCCCGAGAAUAUAUUACUUUGUAAUCCGAAGCGUUCCGCAAUUAAGAUUGUCGAUUUCGGCAGCUCAUGUCAACUGGGGCAAAGGAUAUAUCAAUACAUUCAAUCACGUUUCUAUCGUUCGCCGGAAGUGCUACUCGGCAUCCCCUACGAUUUGGCGAUCGAUAUGUGGUCGCUCGGCUGCAUUCUAGUUGAGAUGCAUACCGGCGAGCCGCUCUUCUCCGGCUGUAACGAGGUCGAUCAAAUGAACAAAAUUGUCGAGGUACUCGGCAUGCCGCCGAAAUAUCUGCUCGAUCAGGCGCACAAGACACGCAAAUUCUUCGACAAAAUCGUCUCGGACGGUUCGUAUGUGUUGAAGAAGAGUCAAAAUGGACGUAAAUACAAACCGCCGGGUUCACGUAAACUACACGACAUCCUCGGCGUUGAGACAGGCGGGCCAGGUGGACGACGUUUGGAUGAGCCGGGGCAUUCAGUGGCGGAUUACUUGAAAUUCAAAGACUUAAUAUUACGAAUGUUGGAUUUCGAUCCGAAGACACGUGUCACACCAUACUAUGCCUUGCAACAUAAUUUCUUCAAACGUACAACCGAUGAGGGUACGAAUACGGCAGCGAGCAUAGCAAUAUCAUCACCGUCGGUCAGUUCGACGUCGUCGUCUGUGGCGAUGGUAGUGGGUAAUCAACAGCAACAGCAACAACAGAGUCAACAGCAACAGGCACAACAACAGCAACAGCUGGUGUCAGCCGGUGCGUUGCAACAUCCAGAGCCACAAUCGCACGGCAUGCUUCUGCAUCUCGGCUCUCACUCCUCCUCCUCGAACUUGGUGUCGUCAAAUUCUUUGACGCACAGCAGCAACAACAGCAACAACAAUAACGGCAGCCAGCAGCAGCCCAACAGCCUCGGCAGUUUGAGCAGCAGCAGCAGUAUAACGGGUCUUCACCAUCCAAAUAGCUUGUUGCAUACACGUAGCGGUAUGCGUAACACCGCCGCACUGCCCUCUUCAUAUUCCGUACCCAAGUCCGUGUAUAAGACCCAACAGCAGCAAACGCAGGCGGCUGCUCUGUUGGCAGCGCAACAAGGCCUUCAAGCGCUACUCUCGCCCUCCUCGUCGAGUCACAACAGCAUUGGUAGUGGCAGUGGCGUUGGUGGUAGUAGUGUUAGUAGCAACAAUAACAAUAACAACAGCUAUCCGCAUGCCAUGGACUGUGAUCCACCGCAAAUGCCGCCACCGUCACGUUUUAUCGGCACAAGUGGCAUUUCUCUGUCCAAUUCUGCCUCAGCGUCGUCGUCCUCGAAUAGCAGUAACAGCGCCGGUAGCGGCGGUGGCGGUAGUGGUGGUGGUGGUCGCAUGCGUUCCGCUCAUCAUACAUUUAUCGCACCGCCUCAAAAACCACCGCAUAUCCAACAAACACAGCAACAACAGCAACACCUCGCUACCGCACAACAGCAGCCACCUCCGCAACAUAACAGCUAUGCACCGAACUCACUGCCCGUGGAAUUGGUGCAUCAUCCGUUGUCGGCAGCUGCCUCCCAUCUAAUGAUGACCGAUUCGAGCGUCAUAACUGCCAGCACGGGUGGCAGCACAUCCGGCCCACCCUCCUACACAUCGUUGCUGUAUCAACAACAGCAACAGCAGCAGCAACAACAUCAACAGACGCAAGCGCCAGCUCACAUGUACGCCUCGAUGCCCGUGCAGCAUAUGAUGUCCGUCGCCGACAUGUCGCUGCAGCAUCACCACCUGCAACAGCAACAACAACAGCAGCAGCACGCACAGCAUCAGCGGCGUGGCGGUAGCGUUGGCGGCGGCUUCGGUGGCAGCAACAGUAGCUUGAUUGGUGCCGGCAGCCUAAUAGGCGGCACUGGCGCUAUGAGCUCCAGCAUGUCGGGCAGCGUUGGUGCUGGCGGCGGCAUUAGCAGUGUAGGCGGCAGCGCCGCCGGCAAUGUUGGUGUUGCGGGUGGUGGCUCGGGUGCUGGCGGUGCUGACGCCUCGUCGCCUAUGGUUGGCGUUUGUGUUCAGCAGAGUCCUGUAGUUAUUCAUUAGUUAGUUCAUAAUACAUGCAUACACACAUCGGUAUAUAAAUAUGUAUAUGUAUGUGUGUAUGUAUGUAUGUACGUAGGCAUAUGUAUACGAGUAUAUGAAUACGAUAUGUUUGUAAUUAAUUUUAAAGAGCGUUAAACAAAGGCGAAAGAAAGCAGCACACGCACACACCCAAACACGUUUACACACACAUGGCAUUUACUUGGAAUUCAAAUGCGCACUGUGUCGCAGCUCGAUUUGUGCCAGACAAACAAACAGGAAAAAAAGCAACAGCAUUUGCUGCAUUCAAAUGGUGAAUUUCGCUUGAAGUUCUCAUGCGUUCCACAAAAGGGGGAAAUGAAGUCCGCAAAUUUGUAUUAGCUGUAACCAGAGCUUAUAUUUAUUUUUUCCGUUGCAUAGCGAAACAUAGGGCCCCAAGAGCUUUUUGGAUACUGCGGUAGGGCGUUGCAAAUCAUAUUGGUAGAAUUUACGUGUCUUGCAAAGAACUCACCACCGCUAAACUUCGAUACUAUAAACAUAUAUUUGUAGGUAUCGACUGCACGCAGCAGCUUUUGGAGCUUCGGUAUAUGCAUUGUGGAGUCACUUUCGCAAAACUUAUUACAACAUUUGGAUUUUACAUGCAAUGCUAAUCCAAGUUUACUUGGUUUGGCCUUCAGCCGUAGUGAAAAACGAGAUUGUGAGAGUAACUUCGGCUGCCACGUCACAUGGAGCUCAGCAGCAGAAUUCUAAAAUUCUGCACGCUCGUCCGCUGUUCACACGGGCAGGAAGCAACAUGAGCGAAGGCUGUGUUGAUUUUGUUCGCAUAUCACCAACACAAUCUCAGUCUUUUUCGUAAACAAACCGCUAUCAUGACCCUGGUUACGUCAGCCAAUCAACGGAUUCCUUCAAAAUCGCUGAGACCCGGUUAACGGUCUUAUCUUGGCCACACUUCUAAAAAUCUUUUCACAAUGAUAUUAACCGUUUUGCAGUGCAAAGCUCAAAGGCCUUUGGUGCAUUUCGUGGUGAGAUCGCAUGAAAUUCACACUUACUGCAUUAAGAAGAUGUGCUUUAAAGUCUGGUGAUAUUUUUAACUUGGUUCCCAUUAUCAUAAAUUGUAUGGAUGAUAGAUUUACAAGGGUUGCUCUUUAACUAUGUGGAAAAAAGAAAAUUAUGAGGGGAACUUUGGCUUCUACGUCACAUGGAACUCAGCAGCAGAAUUCUGCCCGCUCAUUUCACACGUAUUCACACACUCUUCCAAACAGUCGUUGUUCAGACGGCAACAAAGUGUCAUUGGUUGAAUUUUUCGCAUAUCACCAACACAAUCUCAGUUUUUUUUUUUUAACUCAUCCCCUGUUUCGUAAGCCUAUCACCUAAUUCUGUCAAAUUCACUCAGAGCCGAAUAACGGUAUGUUAAAGAGAAGACCUCUAAGAAUCUUUUCACCAUGCAUACAUAGAUUUCAGCCUGCUCUCUAUUUAACAAAAGUUUUGCAAUGACUCUACAAAUGGAUGGCAUGAGAAAAUAGUGUAUUUGGACUUCAUAUUCAUUUUCUGCGAUUAUUUUUCGCAGCAAAUGUUUAAUGAUUCAUAUGCUAAAUGCAUGUGUAUGUGUUACAUUGGAAAAUAUGCUGCAAUUCACAUGCAAUCCACAUAUGUUCCACAGAAUUUUACAUGUGUGCUUAUGUAGUUAACCUGGGAGGAGCAUUACAGAUAAACCCAUGAAUGAUAGGUAUUCAAUUCGCCUUGAGACAAAUCUAAAUUGGGGCCGUUUAUAAAAUAAAAAUAAAUAAUUGGCGCCUACACUUCUGCUAGAUAUUUGGCCGAGCUCCUCCUCCCAUUUGUGACGUGCGUCUGGUUGUUGUGGAGGGACCUACAGUUUUAAGCCGACUCCGAAAGGCAAAUGGGUUUUAUUAGAAGCUUUUUCAUGGCAGAAAUACACUCGGCAGCUUGCCAUUACCGGCCGAGGGGCGAUCACUAUUAGAAAAAACUUUUUCUAACAUUUGCUGUAUCAGCGUUUUGUAGCGUUGUUUAUGCUUAACCAAAAUAAUGCGGCGGCAACGUUGAGCGAUUGGAAAAUCCGCAUUAGGAAGUGAUAUUAGAUGCCGAACGAAGAAAUUGUCACUGUUGAAGAACUACUCGUAAAUGCUGAUGUUUGUUUGCUUUAGUUUGACGUAGUAUUGUCACCCUUUGCUAACUAUGCCACCUCAGCGUUAACGCUAGGCGACAAAAUACGCAAAGCUCGGAGCUCUAAGUAGUCGCUUAGACUUCUAUGGAAUGUCUUAGACUUCUAUGCUAGACGCAAGCCUAUGUGGCGCCCACUUAUGUUCCACAUAGUAUAAAGGACGGUUUUGUUUUGCAUAUCACCGAAGAGUGUCCGCCCAAAACUGGUGUUUUAUGUAACGUCGACUUACAAUCCACACCAAAUUAUAGAUUUCGCCUACGCAUAUGCAUUAAGUAUUCCCUCGAAGCGGAGCGCGCGCAUUAAUUAACUAAGGGCGCAGUAAGUCCGCAUUGACUUCCCUACAUAAACAUACACAUACAUACACUCAAAUACAUGAAUUCUUAGGUGCGAGUAUGUAAUUAUGGAUAUGUGCUAUCAACUGCCGGCAGCAAAAGUAAAACAAAAAAAGCAAAAAAAAAAAAAAACUAUAAAUAUUGUGAAACAGUUGAUUUUAA